AUGGAGGUCACUGAAGAGACACGAAAGUAUUUGACUAUUAACACACAUAAGGGUCUAUUUCAGUAUCAGCGGUUAGUUUUCGAUGUGACGUCAAGCCCAGCAAUUUGGCAACGUGCCAUGGACCAGGUGUUACAUGGUUUACCUGGAACACAAUACAUCCUUGACGACAUGAUAAUUACCAGAAAGUCCAAUGAAGUGCACUUAGAACGGUUAGAGGAAGUUCUAAAACGAUUACAAGAGGCAGUCUGAGAGCGAACAAAGAGAAGUGUGCAUUCUUCAAGUAGAAAGUUGUGUUUUGUGGCCAUGAAAUUGAUGCCAAUGGUUUACACAAAACCCAAGAGAAGAUCAAGGCAGUAGUGAACGGUCCCAGGCACGAGAAUGUGUCACAAGUCCGAUCCUUCCUAGGACUGGUAAAUUACUAUAAUCGGUUUCUCCCCAACGCAGUGUCAGUUCUUCGCCCACUACACGUAUUGCUUCAGAAAAGUCACAAGUGGAAGUGGACUGAACAAUGUGAGAAAGCUUUUAAAAAUGCCAAGCAUUUGAUAACCUCUGACCUAAUCGUAACCCACUACGACACAACGCUUCCAGUUAAGAUCGCAUGUGAUGCUUCACCAACCGGAAUUGGUGCAGUGUUGUCGCAUGUUAUGGCGGAUAGAAGUGAAAGACAA